AUGGCUUUUACGGGUAUUGCAGCGACGUUAUUACCUGCGGGAAAAACGGUUCAUAAGACUUUUGGAUUACCAGUUCCAUUAUUUGCUGAUUCAUCAUCCAACAUUAAAAUCCAAUCAAAAGAAGCUCAAUAUUUGAAAGAAACAGAUAUUUUUAUUUGGGAUGAAGCGCCAAUGGCACCACGAUAUGCUUUAGAGAUUAUGGAUCGAACGUUGCGUGAUAUUAUGAAUAACGACUUACCUUUUGGUGGAAAAAUUAUCAUAUUAGGUGGUGAUUUCAGGCAACUUCUUCCUAUUAAGAUACAUGGUACUCGAUGUGAAAUAGUGAAUCUUUCUAUUAAAUUUAGUUCUACUUGGAAACAUUUUGUAAAUUUUUCUUUAACGGAAAACGUGCGAGUUCUUCCAAAGGAAACUGAAUUUGCAAAAUUUUUAUUGGAUAUGGGAGACGGCAUAUUAAAUGAUUCUAACGAUAAUAUACAACUUCCAGAUUGUUGUAUUGCACCCAUUAAUGCCGAUAUUAUAGAAGAUAUAUAUGGGGAUCUAAUACGAAAUAAAGAAUAUAAUAAAAUGGCUAAGUGUGCGAUACUUUCUGCAAGAAAUGCUGAUGUAGACGAAAUUAAUAAACGAGUUGUUGAAUUAUUAGAUAUAUCUGAGGAACGGAUUUAUACAAGUACAGAUAGUACUGAAAAUUCCGGUAAUAACGAUGACAUUGAUGAAGUUUUAUUACCAGAAUAUUUAAAUACUUUGUCUCCAUCAUCUCUUCCUCCUUACGAAUUGCGUUUAAGACCAAAUUGUAUCAUUAUGCUAAUUAGAAAUCUUAAUAUCAAUGAAGGUCUUUGCAAUGGUACUAGAUUAAUGAUCAUAGAACUUGCAGAUCAUUUAUUGAAAUGCAAAAUAUUAACGGGUGAUAAA